AUGCCAAACUUAAAUGAAAGACAGAAUCUUUCAGAUGGUUUGAAAAAUGAUGAUCUUUUCAAGACAUCAUAUGGGGUUGGACAUCAUUGGAGACCUGGAUUUUACUUUCCGGAUUCUAUCACCAUGUUGAAACUUAACAAUGUAGAGCCUUGUGGUAUAGAAAAUGAGUCCCAAGUGAAAGCUGCGGAUCACUUUCAAACAACAAAUAGUUCUGUCCACGAUCAGAAGAUUCUCCCAGAAAUUCUAAAGAGCUCACACAACCCACCUCCACCUCACCACUGGGAUCUUCAUUAUAUAAAUGAUUUCCGUUCACGAUAUCUUGCCGGAGGGUAUAGGAGGCCUUUAAGUCCAAGUCAACAAACAACAGAGAUGAAAGAUUCAUUCAGAGGUGCCGAAGGCCCCAGUGAGUUGUGGCGCCCCUUAUCAAUGAAACCUUUUGAAUUGGAAAAUCACCAUACGGAUGGACCAUCAAAGAAAAUUAUCGCAUCUACGGAAAACCCGGAUUUAUCUAGGCGAAUACUGUAUCCUAAAGACAAAGAGAUAUUCAGGAAUCUAGAUCCAUAUCUCACAACUAAUAUGAAGGAUCACAGGAUGUGGACACGCGAAGAAUUAAAUGAUGUGGCGAAAAAUAGAAUAGCAACCUACUGGAAUUUGAAGGAAUAUCCCGAGUCAAAAGGUUUUGGAUUAUCUCCGAAUCCAUUGCCUAAGGAUGGUAUUAAAAAUGAAAAACUGCCUAUGCGUGAUACACUUCAGUUCAAAUAUGCCACAGAUCACGUACGUGUGCGACCGAUCUCUUAUCAUGUGCCACAUACAGGUCUUGAAACUACGUAUCAAUCAGAAUAUGCAAAACCGAACAGUAUAUUAAGAAAAGCUGAUUUAGUCUGCCCUGUGGAGACACCAUACACUCUACCAGGUACUGUUUUAUCUUUGAUAGUUGAUUAUAAGUAGUGAAGUGUUUAUAUCAUCCGAAAACUUCAUGUUAUUCUUUAGAAUAUCUUCAACUGUCUACAAGUUAAAAGCUUAACAGUAAACUUCGGCACACGGAGGUAUGUACUCCUAAUCGAUAUGAGCAGUUGAAUAAUGGUCAUUAGUAACCCAAAUAGCUAGCCAGCAUUUAUAUCAUUUGAAUUGAUUCGACUGAGUACAUCGCUGAUGAGUUCGGCUGAAAACGACAGAAAUGGUAGCCCAGUGAACUGAUCAUUUCGGUUUAGUUGGCAAGUGCAACAGGAUCAUAUGAGUGAUUUCCAACCACUUGUAUUACAAUACAUGAUUUCAGUAAUUUCAGUUUACAAUGGUAACUACGGUAGAAUUCCACCUCUGGUUUCACUGUGAACCUUCAAUUAUUCAGGUAAUGGAAGUAAACUCUGAAGCACUCUGAAAACUAGUCUCUAACUUAUAAAUUACAGGGUUUCUUCACUUGUCAGUCAACUUGAUUAGUAUAAUAUCUAAAAUCCUAUGUUCUGCAGUAUUAUGUGGAUAAAGUGGGGCUCAAGCAAAACAAACCCAAGAAGAUCAGUCAGGUUGCAGGCUCGGGCAAGGGUGCAUUGAUCAAAUGCUCACUCUAAGAGAUUUCGAACAAAGACAAUGUUAAGUGUCUAAAAUUUGCCGAAUUUUUAUACUCAAGGGCGGUUUACAACUUCAGUGAAUAAGAGAUGCUGUGAAAGGGUGUGACUGUGUGAGGAACGAAUCAAAAUAUGUUAUGCUAAUGAAGGCAUUCUGCUAGAACUUAUCCAGCCGCGCAAGAACUUAUUGGGACUUUACAUCCAAAGUGAUAAUAAUCACUGAUAUCUACCGUUCUAAUUUAAUUUUUCA